UCCGCUUGCGAACACAGCUGUAUUUGUGUGUCUAGAGUACAUUGGUAGAAAUUAAAAUGUCAAGAUCCAUCAAAGAGUUCAGUCUUCACUACGACCCGAUUAAUGAAAGCAAUACUUUUACUACUGGAGAUAUUGUGGAGGGGCGAGUUGUUUUAGAAGUAACCAAAGAAAUAAAGGUGGACAGUUUUUUUGUGAAGUUGAGGGGGGACGCAAAUGUGCGCUGGACUGAAGGCUCAGGUGAUGACAAAACAACCUAUAGCGACCAUGAGAGAUACUUCAAACUAAAGCAAUACUUCAUUCAAAAGAGCUCGAAGAGAGGAAAAAGGGAAAAGAAUGCAACUCUUGUAGAAGGAGAAACGUAUGGACCAGUGAUUAGGCCAGGAAGUCAUGUUUUCCCAUUCAGAUUUCAGCUGCCUCAACAAAAUAUGCCUCCAUCUUUUGAAGGAAAUCAUGGCUGGGUGAAGUAUGUCUUGAUGGUAAAGCUGAGCAGACGUUGGAAGCCAACAUCUACUAAAUAUACGGAAUUAACCUUUGUGCUGAGAAAUGAUGGGUCCAAUGAUCACUUUCUGCAACCACAAUCUGGCACACAAGACAAGAAGAUGAAACUUUUUGGCUCAGGAAAAAUGUCAAUGACGGUGACAUCUGAAAAAACUGGCUAUAUGCAAGGUGAAACGAUCAGAGUUUUUGUCGAUAUUGACAACUCUUCAUCUCGUGAUGUCAGGCUGAAGUACAGCCUCAAGCAGCAACAGAUGUUUAUCGCUGGCAGGAGCAUUAAUGCAGGAUUCAAGCAUAUAAUCAAAGAGACUAGAGAUCGCAUACCAUCUGGAGAAAAGUCAAAAUGCAUAGUGGACAUGAUGCUUCCACGUGACCUGACUGUCACCAUUGAAAACUGCAGAAUCAUAAAAGUGCAGUACCAACUCAAGAUCUCUCUGGGCUUGUCUUUUGCAUCAAAUCCAGCGGUCAUAUUUCCUGUGGUAAUUCUUCCAACUGAUCAACAGUGUCCUCCCUGGCAAGGUCUACCUAGAGGAUUCCAGCCAUAUUCACCACCUCAGCCUAGCCUUAUGCCUUAUCCUGGUGAACUACCUCCUCCAACUUCAGGGCUUUACCCCAAUCUGUACACCCCUUCAGUGCUGCCCCAUCCAGGAGCUGCUGCAGGGGUCUAUCCAAAUCCACACGCUGUCCAGUCUGGUUUCCAUCCGGCUCCUUCUGCACCAGUUUAUGAUCCAAAUCAAAGCACUAAAUAAUUCUCUCCUAAAGUACGUUAUUAGUCUCCUUCACCAGCUAAACCUCUGAGCACCUUUUAUGCUGUGUCAGUAAGAACUUCAUGGUUUUAUCUGCAACCCCAAUGCUGGUUAUUGUGCCUUUUCAGCUUAAGCAUUUCACAGGGAAUGUAUUGACCUUAUGUAGCCCUGCCCAAUUCAGCAAUGCACUCAUUGUCUUCAGUCUUCAUUUUGUAUUUACACAGAAUGAAGGUAAGAUCUUAUGGAUUUAUGAAUGAAUCGCUUGUUUUAAAAUCUUCUGGCGUUUGUUCUGACAUUUGUUUUCAAAUCCGUUUUCCACAUCACCAGCUAAUUAGACUUUGACAGCAAUGUAGACAUAAACGCAGAACUGCAGCAAAAACAGCUAUUCAAACACAACAUUCUAAAUAUGGCUGCAUCUUGUUUCUCCAGAGCAUAAAGUCAACAAUCAGAAGAAAGAAAUAAAUAAAUAAACGUUAUCACUAACCAUUCCUAAUAAAUAUUUUGCUGAUAGUACUACAUGUUGUUUUAGAAUAUAUUACCGGGUUUUUUUUAGUACUGUACUGCAUUUGCAGUUUUGACCUCCAUGAUGAAAUUAUCUAAACUGUAUACUGUAUUUACUACUGCGAAUAUACUUAAGUUAUGAUUAUUUCAUAAGAUGUUUUACUGUAGUCAGUCUUGUUGGUUAUUCGGUAGUCAAAUGUGGCUACAGUUAACAACAGACCCUGAAAUUAUGCAUUAU